CUCGUGGUUCGCGUUGAAUCGGUGAGAAAAGCUCCUACGGCAAACGAAUCUAGUCAUCAUCGCCGAGCUCGAGAGUUCCCUUGUUCUUCUCCUCUUCGAUUCUUACUAUUCGUUGAAAGCUUUAGGGUUUCCUUUCCUCGGGGUUCUGUGAUUAGGCGGGCGAGAGCCGGCGACCUGCGAAAUGGCACAAGCAGUGGAGGAUUGGUAUAAGCAGAUGCCCAUCAUCACGCGGUCGUACCUUACCGCCGCCGUAGUCACCACCAUCGGAUGCACCCUCGAGAUCAUAUCGCCUCACAAAUUAUAUCUGAAUCCUAUUCGCAUAGUUCAGAAGUAUGAGAUAUGGCGCCUCGUCACAAACUUCCUGUACUUCCGGAAUAUGGAUUUGGAUUUUCUAUUCCACAUGUUCUUUCUUGCUCGAUAUUGCAAACUUCUUGAGGAGAACUCCUUCAGAGGCAAGACAGCAGAUUUCCUCUACAUGCUGCUGUUUGGGGCAACUAUUUUAACUGGGAUCGUUUUCAUUGGAGGGAUGAUACCAUAUUUGUCUGCGACCUUUGCAAAUAUAUUAUUUCUCAGUAAUUCAUUAACAUUCAUGAUGGUUUAUAUUUGGAGCAAGCAUAAUCCUUUUAUUCACAUGAGUUUCUUGGGCCUCUUCACGUUCACCGCCGCUUAUUUACCAUGGGUUUUACUUGGCUUCUCUAUUCUUGUUGGCAGCAGUACGUGGGGUGAUCUCCUGGGUAUGAUUGCUGGUCAUGCCUAUUACUUCCUGGAGGAUGUUUAUCCACGAAUGACAGGACGCCACCCCUUAAAAACUCCUUCAUUCAUCAAGGCGUUAUUCGCAGACGAGACUGUCGUCGUGGCUCAGCCAGGAAAUGCAAGGUUUGCUCCUCCGCGAGAUCAUCAAGAUUAACAAUGAGCAGCACCAACUGAAAGCCUUUGAUGGGUACUUUCGUUGAUCCAGCCACAGGCAGUCAAUAUUACAUAUCAAAACCUAAUUGUGAGUUGAUUGUUCUGUCACCUUCCUUCCGGGAGCAUUCCCAUCAACUAAUUUGGUUUUCACCAGUGAAAUGAUAGUCGUGUUAUUCAAUUUCAUUAGUAUCACAUAUGAAUUCUAUGCCUAUUAGUGGAGGUUUAUGACAGUGAAAAUGUUUGUAGAAAUUGAAGUUUCUUGGUCUUGGUUUUUUGAGAGAUACAAACCUAGUUUGUAAAAUGAAGUGGAAUCAAAUAUGCUGAAUUGCUGUAA